AUGGACCCCUUCUCAAUCCUAAAUCAACUUGCCUCCACAGCAAACGCAUUCAAAGAAAAUGAACCCGGUUCACGAGAAGCACUCAUCGCACAAAGCCACGCGCUCGUGUCCGCACUCGAAAUCCCCAGCGAAUUCAUCCAGCGCACCUUUUGGGCAGAGCCCGCCCAGUCCGCAGUAAUCCGACUCGCCGUAGACGUGCGCCUAUUCCAACACCUUAAAGAAGCAACCCCAACAGGCCUCAGCCCUGUUGCUCUGUCUGAGAAAACAGGCGUGGACGUCGACCUCCUGACCCGUCUAGCACGUCAUUUAGUCGCCAUGAACGUGCUCGCCUUUCAUUCAGGUGCGUUCCACGGAACAGCGCUGAGCAACGGUCUCGUCGAGGAACGAUACCAACAUAGUAUCUUAUUCUGCUAUGACGCCACGCGGAAAUCGUUCAACGGACUCCCGGCUUACUUCAAGGAAAACGCAUACCGGUCCCUGACGCUGGGCGGCAGGGAUGGACCCUUUCAGGAGGCACAUGGGACGGGUUUGCCGUUCUUUGAAUGGGCUGUUGCGACGCCGCCGCAGCUGCAGCAUUUUAAUUCGUUUAUGAGUGCAUACCGCGCUGGGAAGGCGAAUUGGUUUGAGGAGGGCUUUUAUCCUGUUUACCAACAGCUGGUUUGCGGGUUUGAUGCGGAGGUUAGCGAGAGUUUGCUGGUUGAUGUUGGCGGUGGCCGGGGUCAUGAUGUUGCUGCUUUUGUGGCGCUCUAUAGAAGUCUGCCUGGGAAGGUUGUGCUUCAGGAUCGUGAGUCUGUUGUUGCGAGUAUUCUGGAAUGUGCCGAGGGGAGGUCGUUUGAGGUACAAGCUUAUGACUUCUUUACGCCGCAGCCUGUGAAGGGGGCGAGGGCUUAUUGCUUUCAUUCUGUUUUGCAUGACUGGUGUGAUGAAGAUGUUGUGCGGAUUUUGAAGAAUCUGGUGCCUGCUUUGGUUAGGGGUUAUUCACGUGUUCUCUUUAAUGAGAUUGUUAUUAGCGAGGAGAAGCCGACGCUGGCGGCCACGAGUAUGGAUAUGAUGAUGUUGGCGCAUUUCUUAGCGAGGGAGAGAACGGAGGUUGAAUGGAGGGAGAUUCUGAAGAGAGUUGGGCUGAGGGUUGUUAAGAUUUACACUUAUCCUGGUGUUGCAGAGAGUUUGAUUGAGGCUGAGCUGGCUUAA